UGCGAGUGUUGGCUGCGGCAGUGUUCGCCGGACCGCCACAACCCGCCGACGCGUCGCGGCCUCACUCCUAACCUCGCAGCGAUAUAUAUCACGCGGAAAUCUUAAAACUAAAAUUAUCAUCAACUAAAAUAAUUGUUAUAUUAUAUCACAGGUCCUCAGCAAGUUGCACAUUUAGCCCCCUGGGUUUCCCUCGUGCAUGUUGAGAUUUAUAAGAACUUUCUGCACCAUGAAGCCACCAGUAAAUGCCGCUCUCCUUCACGAUGUGGACAUCCCGACGAAGAAGGCGACCUUCGGCAUGGGGUGCUUCUGGUCCAACGACUCACUGUUCGGUGCCACACUUGGCGUGAUCCGAACUCGAGUUGGGUAUUCGGGAGGCACCACUAAGAACCCACAUUAUAGGAGCAUUGGAGACCACACAGAGGUGAUCGAGCUGGACUUUGACCCAAAAACAGUCACUUACGAGGAUCUCCUUGAUAUGUUCUGGGCGAACCACGAGUAUGGACUUACUACUAAGCUAAAAAGACAGUACCAGUCAAUGAUCCUAUACCACGACGAGGAGCAGCGCGCGUCAGCGGAGGCGUCGUACAAGCAGAUGCAGGAGCGCUGCAAGGAGCAGCUGCGCACUGAGAUCGCGCCUGCCGGCACUUUCUACCCGGCUGAAGACUACCACCAGAAAUACAGACUGCAAGGUCACAAGGACCUGUGCCGCAGCCUGGGCCUGGAUUCCUCCAAGCUUCAGACUUCCCACUUGGCAGCCAGACUGAACGGUUACCUAGUGGGCGUCGGUGGCAGAACACAGUUUGAACAAGAAGUCCAACGCCUAGGUCUGACUGAGAAACAGGCGGAAUAUGUAAGAAGGGAGUUGGAACGCAACGAGGGUGGCGGCUUGGCUUGCUAGCUUCUUUAAAUGUGAAUAGGUGUCUAUUUUCUAUUAAAUGUUGAAAACUUAAAAUUGUUAGGCAAUGAUCUAGUUUUAUGUCGAUUUAAUUUCUUCACUUCACUUCACCAAGAAGUUUUAGAAGAUUCAAUACUUCAAAUAGAAAAAUAGUUAAAAUGUCGUAUUCCGUAUGAAAGAGUAUAGUAAAUGUAAAUUCAUAACGUUGAACUAAUUCUUUAGUGCAAUUUUAUUUUCAUGUUGUUGGUAAGAAGCUCAAAGUAGCCUGCCAUAACAACAGCACAGCAUUUUAAACGUAGUUAAUAUUUUCCUUAGUUAUAGUUUUAAGAAGGUAAUUGUUUAUUUUAAGCUUAGAAUAGAAUAUGUUAAUAUCACAACCAUUAAUGUUUGGAAUCGAAAAUUGAAUUAUGAAAUUGUAAUUUUCUUUGUCCUCACUUUCAUAUUACAGUAUUCAGUUUUGGAAAAUAAUGCAUACUUACCAAUUAUCUCAUUAAUGAUACUUAUGUAUCGCGUAUUGUUAUGUUUAGUGAUGUUAAGAUAAAUUUAUUUUCUCACU